AUGUCAGUAGAAAGAGGAAUAAGAAAGUGCGCAUUCAUGAAUAGACCAAUUGCACCACACGACAAGUCCAGUGUUGUCUACACUGUGGGCGUGCUGAACGAGAGCGGAAGAUACACAGGAAGAGAUGUAAUCCUGUCAGUGUCCGGACAAGUAAGAAAGAGCGGAGAAGCAGAUAAAUUAUUAUACGCAAAAGCCGAUGAUUUAAUAAACUAA